AUGGAUGGUUUGCAAGGAUCCAGUACGAACGUUAACUGGAAACGGAGGAGCAAUUUCCUGACGCUGGUGGAGAAGGUUCGCAUAAUUGAAGAUUUUGAAGCAGGAGGUGGUACGCAUGACUUUCUUGGGAAGAAGUACGGCGUAGGAUCUUCUACGGUCACGAGAAUAAUCCAAAAGAAAAAAGCAAUUCAGCAGACGUUACCUUUGCUGGAAGAAGCUCUUUACAUCUGGAUUUUACAGCAGCGGCAGUCCAACAUUUUGUUGACAGUGGAUAUUCUUAAAGCAAAGGCGGAGCUGCUGUUUAAGAUGUUCCAGGACCGGGGGCUCUAUGCGGUGCACGGUUUUUCUGCUUCGGAUGGCUGGAUGCAUCGUUUUAAGCAGCGGUUUGGAUUGCGCGUGAAAGCCGUUCUACAGAAGAAGAUUCAGGAAAUACAGCUAUCACUAUCCCAAGUCUUUAAUGCAGAUGAAUCUGCCUUGUUCAUCAAGCUCCUAGCCACACGCUCUGUCGUUACCUGUGAUGAGACCGUGGCAAGCGGACGGAAGCAAAACAAGACAAGGUAUACGUUUAUGCCUUGCUCCAACAUAGAUGGUUCCCUAAAGCUUCCGUUGUAUUUCAUUUGCACUGCUGCAAAACCACGAGGAAUCAACAUCGAAGAACUUCCCGUUUCAUAUAAUCAUUCCAAAAAGGCUUGGAUGACCAGACUGUUGUUCCGUCAAUGGUUCCACGAAGAGUUUGUCCCCGCUGUUCGAAAAUUUUCGACCGAGAGAGGAUUGGAGCCAAAGGCAUUGCUGGUUCUUGAUAAUUGCACCAGUUAUUAUGACGUUGACGAAUCUCUACAGAGUGACGAUGGACUGAUUCAAGUGAUCUACCUCCCACCAAAUGUAACUGCUGAAUGCCAGCCGAUGGACCAAGCGGUCAUCAAUGCAAUCAAGCGAAAGUAUAAAAGAAAACUGAUGCUCGCAUUAAUUCUGGAAAACAAACACUUAAGUUUCGAAGAACGAUUAAAGAAGAUUAAUCUUCAACAGUGUAUUUCGUGGUUGGCAACCUCUUGGGAGGAGAUAUCUGACAAAACUAUACGUAAUUCGUGGAAGAAAUUGAUCGAUGGUUUGCCGGAGGAUGCUGUUAAUGUAGACUCGAAAGCGGCCGAUGAUGACUUCAAAGCGCUUGUGUCCAGGAUUGACAGUUUGGCAGAAACAAAAACAUCUGAGCAAGAUAUUGAUCUGUGGAUCAAAGAUAAGGUGUAUGAUGCUGAUCAUAAUCCACAUUGGGUAACCAGUGAAGUGUUCUCUGAUGACGAGAUUUUGUCAUCAGUUCUCAAGAAAGAUCAACCUGAAAUGCAAGAAGAAUGGUUGGUAGACACAGAAGAUGGAAGUAAUUCGUUUGAUACUUCCAUUACUAGUACCGGAGAUCCUGAUUUUGGCGAUGCAAUCAAGUCAAUUGAUUGCCUAGUUCGCUAUAUGAAGCAUGAUGUUGCAGAAGUAUGCCGUUUGAACGCGCUACGUUCGAAAAUCACUGAAGUUGAAUGGCUAGAACGAGCAUGUUGA